AUGAGACUGCUACCCUUCGUCACAGGUUACACACUUCUCCACUUCCCGCUUUGGGACAACCUAUUGGGUCGACUUGCUGCAGUCGUUGCCAAGACACUGUUGCAAGGUCAGAGAGUUGUCAUUGUCCGAUGUGAGGGAAUCAACAUUUCUGUAAACUUCUACAGAAACAAGUUGAAGUUUCUGAAGUACUUGAAGAAGCGAAUGUUGCCUCACAAAACUGCCCGUGGAAAGGAAGCCCUUGAGCGUCUGAAGGUGUUUGAAGGUAUCCCACCACCAUACGACAAGAAGAAGAGAAUGGUAGUUCCAUCAGCUCUCAAAGUUCUCAGACUGAAUCCUGCAAGGAAGUUCUGCAGUCUGGAUCGUUUGUCUCAUGAAGUGGGCUGGAAGUACCAGAGGGUAGUGGCCACACUUGAGGCCAAGAGAAAGGUCAAAUCCAAGCAGUUCUAUGAGCGCAAGAAGCAUCUGCUGAAACUGCGUGAACAAGCCAAGAAGAAUGUGGCCAAGAAGAUUGAACCUUACCAGCAGACACUUCAGCAGCUGGGAUAUUAG